AUGGCUACUUCCGGCGCCCAAUCGUCUACCAGAAACCCACCGCUGAGGAAUCUCCAAACCAGAUUGAAGGCAAUGCUGGAGAUGUUCAAGGCAAUAACCGCGUUUUCGAACACUUUGGGCGAGGUUACAUCUGUUCAGCAAAUCCAAGUCAGGUUGGAAAAGCUGAAUGAGUUAUGGGAUAAGGUCAACGAUGCUAUCAUGGAUGUAGAAAUUCAUGAAGAGUAUUCGUCGAAGGAAGGCGCUUGUCCAGGUAUAAGGUUGGACUUCACUACCCGUUACUACGAUGCCAAGGCCAGCAUGUUAGACCGGAUCAAGGAGUUGGAAGGAAACACCGCGAACACCAGCGUUCUGCAAUCCACCCGCAUCAUGGAUUCAUCCAUUCAGCCAGUCACGGAACACGUUAGGCUACCCCAGAUAAGGUUGCAGACUUUCGACGGCAACAUCGAUCAGUGGUUGAGUUUCCGGGAUCUUUUCCUAUCGCUGAUCCAUUCCAAGGUGGACUUACCAGACGUGGAAAAAUUCCACUAUCUAAAAGGAUGCCUAGCCGGAGAAGCCAGAGCACUCAUCGACCCUUUGGCUCUAACGAGAGCCAACUACAACAUCGCUUGGGAAACACUGAUGACUAGAUACAACGACAGCAAGGUUUUGAAACGUCGACAAGUUGGAAAUCUAUUCAAACUCCCGAAGGUUACCAAGGAAUCGUCAUCAGAAAUUCAGGUGUUGCUGGAAGGCUUCGAACGUGUUGUGCAAACGUUAGAUCAGCUGGUGAAGCCCGAGGAUUAUAAGGAUUUGUUGCUGUUGGAGGUGUUAUGCUCGAGGCUGGAUCCCGUAACUCGUCGUGCUUGGGAAGAGCACAGUGCGCAUCAGACCGAGGACACUGUCAAGGAUCUCACACAGUUUCUUCAAACGCGAGUCAAAAUUCUUGCCUCACUUCCAUCAAAGGCCCAGGAUACCAAGCAGGAGCCCUCACAGUUGCCUAAAAAGAAUUUCGCCUCGAGAACAAGUUAUAGUGCAGCUCAGAUGUCAUCCGGAACGUGCAUCGCUUGCUCAGAAUCUCAUCUGCUUUACACUUGUCCAGCGUUUUCAAGGUUGAAUGCAUCCGCUCGCGACAAACUACUGAGGCAGCAUUCUUUAUGCAGAAAUUGUUUUCGACGUGGUCAUCAAGCCUCAGAAUGCAGAUCUAUGCAAGUGUGCCGUAAGUGUAUGGGAAAGCAUCACACUUUAGUGUGCUUCAGAGAAGACGGUGGAGGUUAUAGGAAUCCACAAUCAGCAUCACCCGCCAGAAGAGGUCAACAGUCAUCUCAUCCUGCAGAGACAACAGCAGGAACUGUCUCUUCAAAUGUUGCCAGGAACAACUCGUCGACAAUAAUCCUCGCCACAGCAGUCGUUUUGGUUGAAGACGAUACAGGGAAGGCCUUUCACGCGAGGGCUCUACUAGACUCCGGAUCGGAGAGCAACUUCAUGUCAGAGAGGCUCUGUCAACGGAUGAAGAUCUCCCGAAGGCGUUCAAAUAUCUCGGUACUCGGAAUCGGCAAGGCAAAUACAACUGUGAAAUACCAGAUUUCAGCAGUUGUGAAGUCACGCACAUCUAGUUUUGCGAAAAAUAUGGAAUUUCUUCUUCUCCCAGCGGUUACUGCAGAUCUGCCUACUACUAGCGUGACGGUUUCUUCGUGGAAGUUCCCACAGGGUGUGGAACUAGCGGAUCCAGGUUUCUUCCAAUCAAAAUCGGUCGAUUUGGUACUCGGCAUUCAGCAUUUCUUCUCCUUUUUGCAAACCGACAACAAAAUUCCGCUUGGCGAGGGGCUGCCAAUGCUGAUAGAUUCAGUAUUCGGUUGGUUGGUCACCGGAGCAGUUGAACACCAGGGUUCAACUCGGCGCAUCGUUUGCAAUACAGCUUCUAUAGUUCAUCUAGACGAACUUCUCACCAGGUUUUGGUCGUGUGAGGAGAUAGGGUCUCCGAACAUAUUUUCCCCGGAAGAACAACGCUGCGAGGCGCAGUUUGUUCGCACUAUCCAGAGGAGUUCUGAUGGACGAUACACCGUAGGCUUACCGAAGAACGACGAGAUACUUUCGACGAUGGGCGAGUCGCGCGGCAUAGCACUUCAGCGACUAGAUGGCUUAGAAAGGAGAUUGGCGAGGGAUCCAGAGUUGCGGAAUCAAUAUAACCAGUUCAUGGAUGAGUACGUGAAUCUUGGGCACAUGCGUAGGGCGCAUGUGGGCCCGGAGAAGCGUUGUUAUCUACCACACCACCCAGUCAUCAAACAGGCCAGCACAACAACGAAGGUUCGAGUGGUAUUCGAUGCAUCGUGUAAGAGCAGCAGUGGCGUUUCCCUGAACGAUGCACUCCUGGCAGGACCUGUGAUCCAAGACGAGCUACGAGCCCUUAUCAUGCGUUGCCGAAUGAAGCGGAUAAUGAUUGUUGCAGAUGUCGAGAAAAUGUUCCGACAAAUAGGUAUCGAUAGAGCAGACAUGCCACUUCAAAGCAUUCUGUGGAGGAAAGAUUCAUCGGAGAACGUGGAAACGUAUGAACUCACCACCGUUACAUACGGUACAAAACCGGCACCGUUUCUCGCUACCAGAACACUGAAGCAGUUGGCCACAGAUGAGCAGGAAUCAUAUCCAAUGGGAUCCAAGGCAAUAAUGGAAGACGUCUACAUGGAUGACGUUUUGACUGGAACGGAUAACGAAGAAGCGGCUUCAAUACUCUGCGAACAACUAAUCAGCCUAACUAAACGUGGAGGGUUUCGACUAAGAAAGUUCGCAUCCAAUUCGCCAACGGCCUUGCGAUCAGUAGACGACGAAGACUUCGCGUUGCCGCAUAUGAAAGAAAUACAGUUGGAUCCAGACCCGGCAGUCAAAACCCUAGGGCUUGUGUGGCAACCUCGAACAGACGUUUUGCGAUUCAACUUUACCAUAUUGGAUAUCCCGGAAAACGAAAGGCUAACAAAACGGAAAAUUCUAUCGGCAAUCGCAAUGUUGUUCGAUCCACUUGGUAUGGUAGGAGCUGUCACCACAACCGCAAAAAUUUUCAUGCAGAGGCUGUGGAAAUUGAAUGAGAAUGGAGAAAGGCUUGACUGGGAUCAUCCGGUUCCAGUUGAAGUUGAACGAGAAUGGCGCAAUUUUCACCGGCAGCUUCACUUGAUGAACGAGUUGAAGAUACAGCGCUGUGCAGUCGUCCCAAAUUGUGUUAAGAUGGAGCUGCACUUCUUUUCGGACGCUUCGGAGAAGGCGUAUGGUGCCUGCGCAUACAUCAAGAGCAUCGAUGCUCAAGGAAGGAUUUUCGUACAUCUACUAGCGUCGAAAUCGAAGGUUGCACCCUUGAAAUGCCAGUCGAUACCCAGGUUGGAGUUGUGCGCGGCACUAUUAUCAGCGGAAUUAUCCUGCAAGGUACGAGAGGCGUUGAAGGUCGAAAUGGAUAUGUUUUUCUGGACGGAUUCAACUUGCGUGCUGCAGUGGUUGAAGGCGAUUCCGACGACGUGGGCUACGUUUGUUGCAAACCGUGUAGCGAAAAUCCAAUCAGCUACGGAGAACUGUGUUUGGAGACAUGUUCCAGGGGUACAGAAUCCAUCAGAUCUUAUUUCCCGAGGCUUAAAUCCCGAUCAGAUCCAGGAGAACAAUCUUUGGUGGAAUGGUCCCGAAUGGCUACUGCAGAAUAAUUAUCCGGAACAACCCAGCAGCUUUUGCACUGAGGGAGCAGAUGCAGAAGUCCGGCAUGUUGCAGUGAACCUGGCAACAAGUCAAACCGAUUUUGGAGCAGAAUACGUUGGAAAAUUCUCGUCGUUUACCAAGCUUAUACGCUGCACCGCAUACUGGAUGCGACUGAUGCGUAUCUUGAUGAAAAAUGAGACAAGUCCCAAGAGUUUUCUAACCGUCACAGAGCUUAGAGACGCCGAAUAUGCUAUAAUCCGCCGAAUACAGCAGGAGACGUUUCCUGAAGAAUGGAAGUGCUUGGUCGAAGGAAGGGAAAUUCACCGAGGCUCACCCCUAAGAUGGUUUGCUCCGCGAAUGUCUUCGGAGAGUUUAAUACGAGUUGGCGGCCGGUUAGGUAAAUCGGAAGUGUCGGAAGAUACCAAGCAUCCAAUAGUUUUACCGGCAAAACACCCCUUCACAAUUCUGUUGUACGAGUACUACCAUCAGAAGCUGAUGCACGCAGGUUCACAGUUGCUGCUCAGCUCUGUUCGUUUAAAGUAUUGGCCACUUGGAGGUCGGAAUGUUCCUCGGCAGAUUAUCCACAACUGUAAACAGUGUUUCCGCUCCAAACCUAGUCCCAUUCAGCAGUUCAUGGGUGAAUUGCCUUUAGCUCGUGUCACGAGAUCGAGACCGUUUUCCAAGACCGGUGUGGACUACUUCGGACCAGUAUAUGUUCGCUUAGCCCCAAGACGACCAGCAAUUAAGGCCUACGUAGCAGUUUUCAUCUGUCUCUGCACGAAGGCAGUGCACCUCGAGUUAGUUUCGGACCUUUCGACGGAUCGAUUUCUCCAAGCAUUACGCCGCUUUAUUGGGAGAAGAGGAUAUUGUUCGGAUAUUUAUUCGGAUAAUGGGACGAAUUUCGUAGGAGCUCGUAAUUUUCUGCAAGAACUUCUGAUUCAUUUCCGUAACAGCCAACAUCAGGAGAAGGUAGCCAAGGAGUGCGCGAACAUCCAUAUUCAGUGGCAUUUUAUUCCCCCCGCUGCACCCCAUUUUGGAGGCCUUUGGGAAGCUGCAGUUCGUUCGGCCAAGAAGCAUCUUCUCAAGGUUCUUGGAGAAAACGCUGUUUCCUUCGAAGAUAUGAUCACGUUGCUUGUUCAAGUGGAGAAUUGUUUAAACUCGAGACCGAUAACUGCGUUAACCGAUGACCCAGGAAACCUUCAACCGUUGACACCUGGGCAUUUUUUAAUUGGAGAACCAUUUCAACAGCUACCAGGAAGGGAUUACAGCGAAGUACCGAUGAAUCGGCUUAAUCAGAGCCAAGUUAUCCAGAAAAAGCUACAACAUUUUUGGGAUAGAUGGAGAACAGAGUAUCUCACUCAGUUGCAAGGGCGAUACAAGAGAUGGAAGUCACCUGUCGAGAUAACUGUUGGGAAACUAGUGAUCAUCAAGGACGAUAAUCUACCGCCAUGCCGCUGGAAGAUGGGACGUGUUGAAAAGCUGCAUCCUGGAUCCGACGGUGUUGUUAGAGUAGUUACUCUGAAGACGGCUACAGGACCUUCUACGCGCCCAGUUGAAAAGCUGUGCAUACUACCAGAAUCAUUUCAGCCUGAAGAAGAUUCCCAACUUGCCCGUGAAAACCAAACAGAUCAGACCUCCCCCUUGUGUUCGUGA